AUGCUCCAGUUGCCCUCCAAGGGAAGCGGCCAGAUCGAUCGGGAAUCUCCCAGACCGGCCGUGCCUGAGCAAGGAUCCCCAGCGGACUCAGCCAGAAAAGCAGAGAAUGCAGUCCACUCUGCACCACUGACACCUCAGCCUGACUCAGAUUCCACUGCAGUCCCAGCUGACAAGACAGAGGCAGACAGCCAGCUCUUGGGGAACCCCAGAGAGGCAACACCUGAUGUUCAGAGUGACUCAAAGCCGGCAGAUGCAAUCGAGAGGGGCGACCCAGAGCAGCCGGGCACGAGCGAGCCACGGCCAAGCACGACCACGGCAGCACAGUCACAGGCACUUGCCAUAGCGGAAGCCAUCUCUGCUGCAGCUGCUGCCGCCGGCCCUCCUGCUGGGGAGGCUCCAGGCUCGGACCCUGCAGACAUGCAGGGGUCGGCCAGCAACAACGAGAGGGAGGUUCGCCUCGUGCGGGUGGUCGAGCAGCUGCGGCGCCGCUUGGACCAGCUGCGAGGGGAGAACGAGCAGCUGGAGGAGGAGCUGCGCAACGCCGACAGCAAGCUCACCGAUACUGCUGGACGGGCGGAGAGGCUGGAGGACGAGCUGGCAAAGGCCCAGGUGGCGCGCGUGUCAGCAGAGGCGUCUACAAGUUCGGCCAACGCCGCGCAGCAGGCUGCAGAGGAGGCCCUGGAGCGCGAGAGGGGGGCCAUGGCGGCGCGGCUGGCCGAGGCGGAGGCCCAGGCAUCCAAGCUGGCCGAAGAAAACGCACGGCUGCAGACCGAAAGCCAGGCGAGCCAGGAGGACAUGGUGGCGGCGCUGCGGGCGGAGGCGGCUGCGGCGGAGCGUCGGCUGGAGGAGGAGCGGGGCGCGCAUGCGGAGGCGCGACGCAGUUUCGUGGCGCGCGAGGCCGAGCUGGAAGCCGGCCUGGCCGACAGCGCCGCCGCGUUGACCGCCAUGCAGCGCUCACUCGACGACCGCACCCGCCGCUGCACGCAGGCCGAGCAGCGUGCGCUCUCCGCCGAGCAGCGGGCCGAUGCUCUCGCGCAGGACCUGGCCUUGCAGUCUGCCAGGAUGGAGUCGGCUGGCAGCCAGGCGCAGCCAGGGACCCAGCAAGAUGCUGGUGAGGUGGAUGCGCUCCGCAGAACAGUUGGGGAGCAGGGUGCAGCUCUGCAGGAGGCAGCAGCGCAGCGGCAGGCAGCAGAGGACUGGGCGAGAAGGUUGCAGCAGGACGUCGAUCGCCUGAGCAGCGAGCUGCAUGAGGCUGGGCCGGCCUCUGACCUGCAGCGCCAGUUCAGAGAGGUGACAGAGCUGCUGUACCUCAAGCAGACGCAGCUGGAGCGCCUGGCGGCGGAGAAAGCUGCGCAGCAGCUGUCCCUGGAACGCGAGCUGGCCGCUGCCCGCGAGCAGGCCGAGCGCGUCAAUAGGCGCAUGAAGAGCGACAGGUCGGCUGGGUAUCUUGCGGAGGGGGAUGUGGUGGUGCCGAUGGAGGCCAUGGGGGAGGCCUACUACCGCCUCGCCAACAACAACCGCGUCGGCGGCGCUGUCAAGGCCGGUGCCGCGAUACUGGACACUACGGCGUCGACGGUUGUGCGCGUGCUGAAGCAGUACCCGCUGGGGCGCCUGGCGGCAUUUGCCUAUGCGAUUUUUAUCCACCUGUUCAUCUGGAUCCUCAUCAACCGCCUGCAGCACCGCGCGCUGUCCACAGAUCACCUAAUGGCUGCCAAUGCAACCCAUGGCGAUCUUCAUCCUUGA